AUGAAGACGGUGGCGUUUCGGCGGGGAGACCGCGUGGAAGUGGCGAGCGAGGAAGAAGGGUUUCACGGCUCCUACUUUGAGGGCACGGUGGUGGAAGUUCUGGGUUCGAGCCAGUACAAGGUGGAGUACGUCAAUCUGACGACGGAGGAGGACGAGUCGGAGCUCCUGAUCGAGACGGUCGCCGGCGAGUUCAUCCGGCCGGUCCCGCCGCGCAUCCGCUUCGGGAGCGGCGGGUUCGGCGUGAUGGACGCGGUGGACGCGUGGGACAACGACGCGUGGUGGGUCGGGAGAGUGACGGGGAAGAAAGGGCCGAUGUACUACGUCUACUUUGACUACACCGGCGACGAGAUCGCUUACCCUGUUUCGAUGCUGCGAGUUCAUCUGGAUUGGGUCAACGGGCAGUGGGUUUCGCCGGAUAAAGGCAAGAAACGGGGCCGCGAUUCGACGCAAUCCGAACCGGCCAAGAGCGUGGAGAAGGAGGAGGAGAAGAAGAAGCAGAAGAUGAGAAGGAUUUCUGAUAUGGUGUAUGCAAUUAAGGUUUAA